AUGGACGCCCUGACCGACCUGGCGUCGCUGCGCCUCGACAGUCAGGCAAGGCUCGAUAAUGCGCCCAUCAGCGUCUUGCGCAGCAUCUUCCAGCAUCUCACCACAGCCCAGAGCCUGGGACGGCUGGCGAGGACCUCAAAGGCCCUCAAAGACAUUGUCGAGCACCAUGGCUGGAACGUCUUUGUACGUACCCACUUUGGCUACCUCGACUUGCCCCCUGGCCACUGGAAGACACUUGCGAAGCGUUUGACCUGGCAGAACCGCGCAUGGGAGCGGCGAGCGUUGCUGGUCUCGUCGCUGGUCUCGUCCAAGAAGUUGAUCUUCCAGAGCAGACCGGGUCGGAGCGCGCGUGGUGGUCGUGGUGGUGCACGCAGCGCCCGGCCAGCGCAAACGUUCCCGCCGAGCGUCUUUGUCGACGCCGCCGCGCACGCCAAGGGGAAGAAUGAGGAGGAGCUCGUCGCGUGGGGCAUCGGAGAGGAUGUAGUGGUGAGAUGGCGUGAGCUACGCUACGCGGCGCCAAAGAAGGAGAAAUGGACCAAGAUGAUGGGCCAGAGCGAGGAGUUCAAGGCAGGCCAGGACGACGUAUCGGCGCUCGCCCUUGUCAAGGACGCGGAGAUGGGCAAGGCCGUGACGAUGCUGGUUGGGAGAGCCAGCGGGUACUUGCAACUAGUAUCGACACAUCAUACCGACGUAGGGAGGACCAUUGCCUGGCUCCAGCCAGAGCCGACUGAGGAGGAAGCGUCGGGCGGUCAGAAUGAUAUACAGCACAUUGAUGUCAACGCGGUGCAACUAUCUGCCGCCGUCGCCACCAAGAAAAGCGUCUUGUUUUACUCACUUCCUGAGCAACGGUCCGACCCUGAUGAUUUGGAUCCCGAUGAGAUCAAACCGGCCGAGUACCUCAUCUCCCCGACCGAGAGCUGCGACCUUAAAGAAAUGGACGGCUCCGCAGGCUUUCGACAGAUUCGCCAAGUUCGACACAUGCAUAACGGAGAUGUCGCUCUCGCUCUGAGCGGUACCACUGAACCUCUGCGGCUUCUCUCCCGCACGCCCACUGGAACCACCAUCAUCAACGCAGCCAAGAUGCAGGCCUCGGCCCGGUGCGCCGACUCGUACAUUUACACGGAUCGACAGCUGCAAACCGCGCGCUGUAUCCUGCCUCUCGAGGCGACUGCCGUCCCUGGCGGCUCUGCAGCCACACUUCUCAGUUCCUACGAUGACGGCACCAUCAGGCUGCAAGACAUGCGCACACCCUCGGCCGUGGACACCAUCUACCAGGACCAUUUCGAGCUCACCACGCCCACCGGUCCGCUCCUCGCCGACGGCAUGCAGCGCUUCAUCGCCGGAAGCGCCCGCACGUCGGUAAUUAAGAUUUUCGACUACCGAUGGACCAAGAGCUACUACUACACCGAGGCGGUGCCCUGCGCCCGGUCGCCGCUUGGCCCGGUGCCCAAGCCUUUGACAUGGACCUCGCCGCCAGAAAGCACGCAACGGGAGCGCUGCGGCUACAUGGCCGGCCAGCAGUGCGCGCGCCACAUGCUGGCCCAGACGGACUUUUACAGACCAAACUGCAACAUCUACCUGCCCAACCUGUACCAGGAUGCAUCGCCCGUGUAUUCGCUAGCGAGGGCGUCACCCACCUCGCCUAGUAUCUACGCGGGCCUAUCGGGCGAGCUCGUCACGAUGAGCCUGCGCGACCAGGUGGCGGCUGAAAAGGAAGCGCUGUUUAUGCAGAAGAGGGAUAGGAAGUCGAUGGCGGGAUAUUCCUACCAUGAAGCUCUGACUAGUCUUGUCGAGACUGGCGAUGGAAUUGCGUUGAAUGAUAUCACCGAAAGCCAGCGAGUACCUGCUGUCCGCAAGCACGGGCGGGACCCGGCGCAGUUGGCAGGACAAGAGUUUGGACGCUUGGACGAGUGGCUGAUGUAA